AAAUGGCGGACACGCUUUUACUUCGUGCGCUGAAAAGUCAACCGAAAACCGUCAAUCUGAGUUAUAAAAAGUUAGACAGGCUACCUAGGAUAAUUGGAAAGUUUAGAGACAUACAUCAGUUACAGCUAAAGAACAAUAAUCUGGAUUCGUUGCCUUCUGAGUUCAGUAAUCUGGUUCAGCUGGAAUCUUUGAAUUUGGGGAGCAACAAGUUUGAGGAUCUGCCUGAUGAACUAAAACUGCUAAUCAGCUUGGAGAAGUUACAUCUGUUCAACAAUCAGUUAGUCCAGUUAAAUGCUGCAGUGCUUUCCAAUUUGAAAAAUCUGACCCUCCUCAACCUUAAUCACAAUAAACUGAAGACAGUUCCCCGGGAAAUCUGCAGGUUGACAAGCCUGCGUCACCUCAGCGUGGAGAAUAACCAGCUGGAAGUGUUACCCCCAGAGCUGUGUGCAUUAUCCAAUCUGGAAGAGUUACGAUUGGCAAACAACAAACUGGUAGGCCUUCCACUGGAGCUGGGCUUCCUUGUCAGUUUAGAGCGGCUAUACAUCCAGAAGAACAAGAUUCGAGAGUUGCCAGAGAGCAUCAGUAGGUGUUACAGACUGCGGAUUCUAGAUGUGGCAGCCAAUGACCUCAGAAUUUUCCCCACAGAGAUUGCCGAUCUACCCCUGAAGGAGCUGUUCUGUGAGGCUAACCCUCUCUUACAACAUGUCCCUGUUCAUUCAGUACAGGAGGAAGAGGUCCUAUCCCUCAAGGAAAUUUCAGCUAGAUUUAUCAUGAAGGAAUUGAAAGACAGGUGGUCCUACUUGCGACAUGCUAUACGUCACUACCCCCAAAUUAAGGAGAUGUUAUCACAGGCCAGUCGCUGUGCUGUUUGCGGGGACUCCUUCCUCAACACUUGGCUGGAGUGUGUCAAAUUUGUUGAUGCAAAAAAGGUGUUCAAGAUCAGAAACAGCAUCCAGGGCACCGUCCCAGUCCGUGCCCUACUGUGCUCAUACAAAUGUUUCAAUGCUGAGGGCCACAGCUAUUAUGGUGUUGCCUUUCCAUGACCUUCAGCAAUAAAUAUAGGCUGGGUGAGGAUGGCGUUGGGGAUAUUGACUGUGAUAAGAGACAAGGAACUGGUGACUGUGUUAGCUCUUUCUACACAUGGUGUCCACUUGUUAUGAAUUAUUUUAUUUUUGCAGCCGUUGUUGAUAACACAGUGAUAUUUUCAACAAAUUUUACAGUAAUUUGUUGACCUUUUUUGGUACAUUUGUAGUAUUCCCUUUGUGUCUAACAAUUUAUUGUCUUUAUAGUUGCAAAGGUUAAGCAUUGUUAAUCAUGAAAGUGAACAAAUGCAUUGGGAGUCUUUUUGUACUGCUGUUCUGUCUGAAAUGCUAAAUGAUCAUGUAUGUUAUCAUAGAAAUUGUUUCAUUUCACUGUGAGCUGUUUAUAUUAAUAAACUGGACA